AUGGCCAGUCGACGAUCCAUUCCAGCUGCCCUGCUGCUGCUGCUGGUCGCUGGGUUAAUAUCAACCAUCAAUGGUUUUUCCAGUCGACAAAUGAGGUCGCAUUCUUGCGCAAACUUGACCCAGUGCUGGAGCAAGGGUUUUGGCGGUGAGGGUCGUGCUGGGUUCGGCGCAAAGACACCACCCGCAAUCAAAAAGGCGAAUCAGAGAUCGGCCGUGAAGCGAGCGCAAAAAUCGUAUGGUGGAGCCUCAGCUCGUGAGAUCGCACAGGCCACUCAGCAAAAGAUUGAGAAUGAAAUGAUGAAUUUACCGCCACACUAUCAAAUGGCGACACAGCUAUACCAGCAACUUCAAACAAGGAAUGCACACGUCGCAGAUCUGACGGUCUUGGAGCAAGCCGGCUUGAGCCUCCAGGAAUUGGAUGGGGCCAAACGAGCGCAAGACAAGUUGGAGCGACUGUACCUUGAGUACGACUUUUCGGAGAAUGACUUACAUAAUGUUUUCCAAAGGAUAACUUGGGACGCUUCGGCUGACGCCAAAGCUGCGAAAGCUAUGCUGGGUGAAAUGCCGAAGGAGAUCUCGGACCGCGUGGACCGUGCAUGUAGUUAUGUUGCCGAUGGCGUACUAGCUGCUGGUCCAUCCGGCCGCUGUUUAGACGUCGGAUGUGGAUACGGUGUUUUGGUUCCCCAUCUUAUCGAGAGCGGGAUUGCGCUCUCUCAGAUCUACGGCGUUGACCUGAGCACAGAAAUGAUUCGCAAUGCUCGAGAGCAGCAUCGCGGAGCUACGUUCGAAGCCGCAGACUUUUUAGAAGAAUAUCAAGAUUUGAACGAUGAGGUCGGAUUCGACAGUAUAAUAUUCUGCUGUUCAUUGCAUGAUCUACCUGAUCUUCCCAGGUCUUUGCGUAAAGCUGCAUCUCUACUACGCUCUCAAGGGAAUCUGAUAGUUGUUCACCCACAAGGUGCAUCACACGUGACCAAGCAAAUGAAGUCCAACCCUGUCAUGGUGAAAAGAGGUUUGCCAAACGCGGAGGAGCUGCGUGCUAUGAAACUUGAAGGGCUUGAAUUGCAAAUCGAGCCUACCAAAGAGGGCUCACGAGAAGAGCUAGAAAGAGGCUAUCUAGCGGUUUUUCGCAUAAUAUAAUGUCACUUGCGCUACGGCUAGAGAAUGUAGAUAGGAUGAAAAGUUUUUAUGG